AUGUCGUUCUUUUCUUCCUUGGUUGUCUUCUCUUCUCUUCUUGCGGAGAUGCUGGGCAGUGCCACCUGCAAUUACAUCGAGGCGCAGUUCGAGAGCUAUAAUGCUCUGACGACAGCUCUCUGCAAUAGCAAUACCCUUCAACCCGGUCAGUAUGCCUGCUGCUCGCCCGGAUCGCUUCCCGACUUCUCUCCCAAGCCCUACGCCAAUGGUACUUGCUACACCUAUAACAUCAGCUCAGGCGACGAUUGCCCCGACAUCGCCAAAGCCAACCAGAUGAAUGUAACCAAGAUCGCCACAUAUAACAAAGAAACGUGGGGCUGGGCCGGAUAUCAGCGUCCGCAGAUCGGGCAGCAUAUCUGUCGGAGUGAGGGCACGCCCGCUUCCCAGCUCCCAUGGACAAUGCUGUGUGCGGACCCCAGAGCGCCCGGCACGGCAAAGAACGGCACGAACGGUUGUAUUUCGAACUGCGGGACGAACAUCACCAACAACGAGGACAAGCCGAGCCAGGUCCGACGCAUCGGGUAUUUCGAGGCCUGGAACUCGGAUCGACCCUGUCUGCACAUGGACUUCUCCAAGUUCCAAGGCAGCGACUACUACACCCACGUUCACUGGGCGUUUGCCAACGUGACGACGAACUGGGCGGUCGACGUCAGCGGCUAUCAGGAUCAGUUUGAUGGCCUGCUGAACCUGACGGGCAUCUCGCGCAUUCUCAGCUUUGGCGGUUGGGGGUUCUCCACCACCAGCUACACGUACAGUGUUUUUCGGACCGGGGUCCAGGCUGCGAAUCGGCAGACUUUCGCGCAGAAUGUGGUGGACUUCAUCGUGGACAACGAUCUCGAUGGCGUUGAUUGUGAUUGGGAGUAUCCUGGAGCUCAAGAUAUCCCUGGAGUUCCCGCUGACUACGUUGAAUCGCCUCAAAACUACCUGGAGUUCCUCAAGAUUGUUCGCGACCUCCUGCCCACAAGUAAAUCACUUUCUAUCGCCGCUCCGGCCUCAUACUGGUAUCUCCGAGCAUUCCCAAUCAAACAAAUGGCCGAGUUAGUGGAUUACAUCGUAUACAUGACCUACGAUCUCCACGGUCACGAAGCUGGUCCCCUCCACCCUGUCAAACGAGUUCAUGUUCAAUCAAAGUGCGACCACCCAGUGGGAGACAGUGCCGACUUCGACUGCACCCUGGGCGACGGAACCGACAUCCCGUGCAUCAAACUCAACACCUCGUACACCUACGAAGAGACCAUCGCCGAGAAGACGACCGCGCUCACUCUCACGGACUCGGACGGCUACGAGGCAGCGCUGGCCAACUUCGGGCUGGAGGCGGACUGGGUCACCCUGGGCGACUACGAGAAGGACCUCGACUUCGUGGCGCCGCACGCGAGCAAGAAGUUCGAGUACAAGUUCACCGGGUUCCCUAACCAGAACGACUCGAUGGUCGUGCCCAACCCCAAGGACAUCGUGACCAAGGGGCUGGGCAGCAUCCCCAACCUCAAGACCAGCAUGCAGGCGACCCUGCUGGACAUCAUGAUGGGGGUGUGGACCAACGGCACCUCCUCGGACGCGGCGCUGGCCUACAGCACCCCGGUGUUCUUGCUGAUGCAGGCGGUCGACGAGAUGGCGCAGGCCAAGGCCCUGGGCCAGCAGGAGGAGAAGGAGGAGGAAGAGGAGGCCAAGCGGAAGAAGAACUUCAUUCUCCUCAUUGUCAGCGUGGUCCUGAUGUUCGUCCCCAUCGUUGGCGAGGAAGUCGCCGCCGCUGCCGGGAUGGCCAGCUUGGCCCGCGCAAUCGCCAUCGCAGGCGAGAUCGGCAAUGCGGCCCUGGGCAUCUACGACACCGUCGACGAUCCCAGCUCCGCCGUCGUCAACAUCAUCGGCAUGCUGCUGGACGUGCGCGCCAUCGCCAAGGUCUCGCGCGACGGCCAGGGUAUCGCCUCGGUCGCGAAGCUGCGCCGCGCCAUGACCUCGGACGAGGUGGCGGCCAUGGGCUCUAUCUUCAAGGCGAACGACGAUAAUCUCCAGGCGAUCAUGAAGGUCUGCAAGUUCUAA